AUGGCCUCUCGUGGAUACCCUCUUACUAUUGAAAAAGUCCGCUAUCUCGCAGAGAUACUCCUUGCCGCGAAAUUGAAGCCUUCCGCUCCGAAUAACGCCUUUAUAAGAUAUCGCUGGGUCAACCGAUUCAUCAACCGCCACGAAGCUGAAUUGCAGUCAAAAUACACGAGGCGAUACGAUUACCAACGAGCGAAAUGCGAGGACCCCAAGAUUAUAAAACGCUGGUUCGAAUCGGUGCAGAAUACCAUACAAAAAUAUGGGAUUCUUGAACAGGAUAAUUAUAAUAUGGAUAAGACUGGUUUCCAAAUGGGGGUUGCCUCUACUGCAAAGGCUGUCACGGCGAUCAUCACGAUCAGCGCCGCAGGCGUUGUUUUACCUCCACAAAUCAUCUUUGCAGGUAAAAUGCAGCAACAGAAGUGGUAUGAAGAUAUUCCUGAUGACUAUCGGAUCAGCGUGAGCGAGAAUGGAUAG